AUGGACUACUUAUCUCCUCCUACCGAGGAGUUCCUAGCUUCGAAAGGGCGGGUGACGACACUGGGGAUGCUUAUCAUUGAUCACUAUGCUCUAAGAGAUCAAGAUGGCAAUGAAACAAUGACAGAGGAAGAAUCGAUAGGAGGAGGUGGUGUAUUCGCAAUGAUCUCUUCAAGGAUGUUCUUACCUCCCUCUCAAUGUGGCCUAAUCGUUGAUAAAGGUGAUGAUUUCCCUUCAAAAUUCACAAUCAUCUUGAAAGGUUAUGACAAAGAGAUGUUUUGGUUCAGACCGAGGAAAGGGAAGACUACUAGGGCCUUGAAUAUUUAUUCAGGUGGGAAGAUAGGACAAGGGCAUCAAUCAUUCAAAUAUCUUUCACCACAAUUGAACCUCCUCCCUCAUGAUCUCAUCCUACCUCCUUCACCGUUCGCCACACCGAACUUACCGGAAUACAUACAUGUUGUAUGUAAUACCGCUCGAGCAAAGUUGAUCGUAGAUGAGAUGAGGGAUAUACGUGAGAAUGGGAUUGAUGGGAUUGGAAGAGGAUGGAAUGGGAAAUUGAUUUGGGAACCUAUGCCCUCAUCUUGCGUACCGUCUGAGCUCGAUGAUAUAUUAUCACUAUCACGUUCAUUCACCGUGAUAAGUCCAAACUUGUUAGAACUACAGUCUAUUUUGGGUAUACCUCCGACAAAAUCAUCAAUAAUGGAACUUGCUGAAGAAGCAGUACAAAAGUUCCAUCAAUUACUAUCGCAAGGGAUGACUGACAGGUCGGAAGUCAACGUACCAGCGAUUAUAGUUCGCUGUGGUGAAUUAGGUUCAUACACUUUCUCUGAUGGUUGGAAAGGAUGGGUACCAGCAUAUUACGGAGAGGCUGAUCAAGAUAAAGUGGUUGAUCCGACCGGAGGAGGGAAUUCGUUCUUGGGUGGAUUGUUAGCUGGAUUAUUGAUCUCCCAAGGAGAUAUGAAGAUAGCUUCUAUAUACGCUGCUACGGCCGCCUCAUUCACCAUCGAGCAAAGAGGAUUACCAACUUUGACUGUACAUGAAGAUGGUGAAAGGUGGAAUGACGAGGAUGUUUGGAAGAGGUUACGCGAAUUAGCAGUUAGAGUCGACAAGAUGAACUGA